AUGGACUUCAACUUGAACUGCAGGCGACGCUUAAACUGCGGGGCCCCUUGGGCGUUUUGGUGGUUUCAGUCUUCAGAAACAUCGACCCACCGAUCGAGGGGCAGGAGGUUGGAGAUUGUGCGGUCUACCUGUGGGCGACAAAAGGGUCAAACCUCGUCUACAAGUUGGGCGUUGGGACCAGGUGGCAACUGCUUGAGAAGAGGUUCAAUGGUCGUGUCCCCUAUGGUCGGUUCCUGGUGCAGCCAUAUGCAGCCUAGGGAGUUGACCCCAAGUUUUCUGCAGCUUUGUCCUGGAAUUCUUGGGAUAUCUUGGGAUGUUCUGACAAUUGAUGACUAA